UUAGCUAGCUGCCUCUGUCCACAUCUUUCUCUCUCCAUCAUUAUUUUUUUGUUUUCUUUAAGCUGUCGUGCGACUUCCGAUAUUGGAGGCAGUAAAACGCUUCCCCCUUUCUCGUUCGCUUGUGUGUAUUGAGCCCUCAGUGGUUGCUCACCACUCUUUGCUCCUUCUCGACUGCCCCUUUCUCUUGCGCGGCAGUCAAUCAAGCAACCAGGGAUAGGACAAUGCUCGCAUCCUCUUGUUGAGCUGGGCCACUGACGCUUCUCCUUCCUCUUCUUCCUCAUUUUGCCUUUUUCACCUUUCCCCACAUUCAGAUUUUUGAGGAGAGAUGAGGAGGCAUGGAUGGCAGCUGCCUUAUCACCCUCUUCAGGUGGUCGCUGUUGCUGUUUUCCUGGCUUUGGCGUUUGCGUUCUAUGUCUUCUUUUUGCCGUUUGUUGGUGGGAAGACGUUUCAAUACGUCGUGAUGAGCCUCUACACCCCUUUGGUUAUGUGUGUCUUUUCUCUAUACAUUUGGUGUGCUGCAACAGACCCUGCAGAUCCUGGUGUAUUCAGGUCUAAGAAGUAUCUGAAAGUUUACAAUGGUAAACAACGGUCUAGGCCCAAAGAAGCCAUUCCCACUGUUAGAUCUUCUUCAUCAAAGAAUGAUGCAAAUGCUGUUGCUGGUAAAGUUGAUGAUGACGUAUACAAUGAAGCUACAGACACUGAUAAAACAGAGAACCAUUCCUAUAGUGGGACAAAGAAAAAUAAUAUUUUCCUUCAUAUUCUGUGCAUGUGCUUCGGUUUGUUGGCCUGGUUUCCAAUGGUUUUGGCUAGAACCUUCCAUUGUUCUCAUGAACAGUCCUCAGAACCCCAAACAAGUGAAGAUGGCAUGUUUUACUGCAGCUUGUGCAAAGUAGAGGUUUUCAAAUGCAGCAAGCACUGUAGAGUCUGUGACAAGUGUGUUGAUGGUUUUGAUCAUCACUGCCGGUGGCUUAACAACUGUAUAGGCAAAAAAAACUAUCGCUGGUUUUUCACCAUGAUGAUGUCCGCUCUUCUAUUGCUUAUUCUACAAUGGUCGAUAGGAAUCCUUGUUCUGAUUUGCUGCUUUAUCGAACGAAAAAGAUUCAAAGUGGAGAUUGUUGGAAAACUGGGGAGCAGUUUUUCUUUGAUUCCUUUUGUUGUUGUAGUGGCCUCUUGCACCCUUCUGGCCAUACUGGCUACUUUACCACUUGCUCAACUUUUUUGCUUUCAUGUGCUACUUAUUAAAAAGGGAAUCAGCACCUAUGAUUACAUCAUAGCCUUGAGAGAGCAGGAACAACUAGGGGUGGGAGAUCAACAGAGUCCAGAGAUGUCUCCAGUCAGUUCAUUUACAGGAUUGAGCAGUGCUAGCUCAUUUAAUGCUUUUCACCAUGCUGCUUGGUGUACUCCACCGCCACUAUUUCUUGAGGAUCAGUUUGAUGUGGUUCCAACUGAUGCUGGUAUGUCAUCUUCAAGCAAAAAGGUGCCUUAUGAUGAUUCAUCUAAGAAGCGUCAAAAUAAAUAUGUAAAGAUCAGUCCUUGGACUCUAGCACGCCUAAAUGCUGAAGAGGUUUCCCAGGCAGCUGCUCAGGCAAGAAAGAAGUCUAAGAUUCUGCAGCCUGUCAUGAGAAAGCAGGUGCAAACAGGAUUGGAAACUGAUAGCAGCCUUGGCAGUUGUAGUGAUCGUACAUCUUUCAGGCUUGAGAACCACAGACAUAAUAAUAUGCCAGUCAGGCUUCCAGUUGAACCUGUUGCAAAUUUGUCAUCCAAAGCAUCUGAUUAUAGCCUUCUGGGUGUGAGCAAUGACAAUGACUCCGUUGCAGAAACUUCAACGAGCCUUGCCCCACUCCAAUUAGAAGCAAGGAGUGCUUUUCAUACAAGCCGAGCAAUGUCAUCUGCUCGUAUGGUGGCUUCUUCCCCUGACAGUAGUUUGGACUCACCUGAUCUCCAUCCAUUUCGGAUGUCAUCAUCUGGUAUGGAAGAUUUACAAGGGAUUUCUUCUGUGGCCAAAGCUGACCCACAAAAAGGUGUCCAGCUUUCAAGAUCAGUAAGCGAUGGAUAUGAACCAUCUGGAGGGGAAGAUAGCGACCAGGUUCUGCCAAGGGCAUUGCACAGGUCAUCAAAUUGGACUAGCUUCUUACAUGGAUCUGGUCAUAUUAAUCCAGGGACUGCAGCACUGCAGGAACUGAAUCCAGAUGAAAGGUUUUCUAGAUCCAAGCCAUUGUCAUCAUCCUUCGGCAUAGACAUGAAAAGAUCAGCUUCACGGGAGUUGUAGCUGGAGCUUCAUGUAUUGUGGACUCUCCGGUUUGGAAGGGAUGAUAUCCUCCGAUAACCCACAAAAGGGCAUUAAUCUGAUUUGUUGAAUACUGACCUUGCUGCUGAAGGUUCAUGAGGGGAUGAAGUCAAUACACCACGGAUGGGUAGAUGAAAGAAGUCUGAAUUUUGAGUUGCUAAGUGUUUGUACUUCACAAAUUCUCAACGUCAUUUUGCUGGUAGAAAAUGUGAAAAUGAUAACGUGUGAGGGGUAGGCAAUGUACUCUUUUGCAUUUUGAAUUGCUAUUGUAUAUAUUACUGCACCGUAAUCUGUAUGUUUCGUUAA